CGUUGAACCGUCUAGUGACGUCAUAAACCGAACACAGCCUGGGAGUUGUAUUCUGCACAGAAAAUCACGAUUUUUCCAUCAAAAUGUCGUACGCAUAUUUAUUCAAAUACAUUAUUAUAGGAGAUACAGGUGUUGGUAAAUCCUGCCUCCUUCUCCAGUUCACAGAUAAACGAUUCCAGCCAGUCCAUGAUCUCACAAUAGGUGUUGAAUUUGGUGCACGAAUGAUCAAUAUUGAUGGCAAGCAAAUCAAGUUACAGAUAUGGGAUACGGCUGGUCAAGAAUCAUUCCGAUCCAUCACAAGGUCUUAUUACAGGGGUGCAGCAGGAGCUCUCUUGGUAUAUGAUAUCACUAGACGAGACACAUUCAAUCACCUGACCACAUGGCUGGAGGAUGCUCGUCAACAUUCAAGUUCAAACAUGGUUAUUAUGCUAAUUGGUAAUAAGAGUGACUUGGAAGCAAGACGAGAUGUAAAGAAGGAAGAGGGUGAGGCGUUUGCCAGGGAACACGGUCUCAUCUUCAUGGAGACCUCAGCCAAGACGGCUGCUAACGUUGAGGAAGCCUUCAUCAACACUGCCAAGGAGAUCUAUCAAAAGAUCCAAGAAGGUGUCUUUGACAUCAACAAUGAGGCUAAUGGAAUCAAACUUGGGCCUCAGCAUAAUACAGUGAACCCAGCACAACCAUCGGGUGAUAGAGGACAACAAGGGGGCCAGGGCUGUUGUUAAUCCAACCCCCUCUGGUUGGAUUUAAAUGCCCUUUAAUCUGGAACUCCUCACUUCAUGUAGGAUAACCUCAAGUCCCCAGCCCUUGCCUGCUAGCAUUCUGCCGUUCUACGAGCCUCCCUUUCGUACCUGUCUAUGACAAUAGAUGGUUUGGGCUCAAGAUCCCUUACUGCCCAAGCCAUUCCCAUUCUGUAGAAGAGAUAACUUUCCUAGGUAGGUCAGUCCACCCCUCUCCUAUCUAUCACCAAACGCCCGUUCCAACUUUCCUAGGUAGGUCAGUCCACCCCUCUCCUAUCUAUCACCAAACGCCCGUUCCCCGUACCCCUGGCCGUGUCAUAUCCACGGACUCUUGCUGUAUCCAACAUAUCUGCAGGCGCCAAGGGAGUAGGGUUAUUGAUACAUGUCUGCCAACGGCCCUGGGUUAAAAUUGCAAUGUAUUGAAAUGUACAUUUCAUGUAGAUUAUGUGUACAAUGUGAUUUGAUGAACAUGGCAUCCUUUAUUGCGAUAUAAAGGGGAGAAGUAAAUAUAUAUUGAAGAGUCCUAUUAAACAGAAUACUCUUGGGGAGAUGUGACUCUCGUGUAAAUAGCCAUGUACUUGUGGAUAUAAUAGUCAAGUGGUCUGGUAAUAUUGUGCAUUCUUGGAAAUUUUACUAGAUUCUUUUUGUAGCAUGAUAAGAAAUGUAUGUUUUAAUAUGUGAUCACAUUGAUAAUGUUCUCAUGGCACAUAGCCAUCUAUGAAGCACUAAAUGAAUGUUCAAAUUUAAUGAAGUAUUAUCUGAAACAGUAUAUUAUCAUUUCAAACUUUUAAAAAUAAAAUAAAGGUAAUUCUAAAGCAACCCUAUCCAUAUACUGAAAUCUAUAUAACCUAAAAGAUACAGUUUAUGUAUUCAUUUUGCAAUUUAGGUUUUGGGGAAGUGAAUAAGGGAUCGACAUCUAGCAAGAAAUAUUAAGAAAUUAGCACAUGAAUCCUAUUUGAUCCAUAGCCUAUCUUCAUGUCAUCUGUAGAAUAUGAAUGAAACCUAAUUUCCUUAUAAUCCUUUCAUUUUUUAAGCAAAAGAUUGAUUGCCAAAUGAUCAUGAUUAUUCACAAGUGUUACAAGUGUAAUAUUGAUGAGUGUAGGAAUUAGAGAAGAUUGUAGAAAAUCUUGCUACAGAAGGAACCAGAUAAACCAAAGUGUUUUGUAUUAGUAAGGUGUCAUGCUAUCAAGAUUAUGUUUUUCUGGAGAUGGUUUGAUUUUAGUUUUUCUUUUUUUUUCAAUACCAGAGUUAGAUUUUACCGGGUGCCCCCCCCCCCCCCCCCACCUCCCCAAAGCAGAAUUGUCAACCUUUAAAGCACUUUGCCAAAGUUCCACCAAAUCUGAAUUUACCUGUUAUCUUUUUUUUUUUCUUCAAAUUCAAAUGAUGCCAAUAUCAUCAAUCAGUAUUGGUUGAUUAUUUUGAUUUCAUGUAGGGUUUGGGAAAGUGCAAAAAAAUUGCCAUUCUUUGGGUUUGUUUGGGAAGGAAGGGGGAAGGGGUCAACUCGUGUGUGUAUGAUUACUAGAAAUUAAUAGAAAUGAAAUUGAUUUAACAGAGAAUUAUUAUCAUGCAUUCCAUAUAGAGUGUCUCUGUAUUUAUCAGUGAUAUAUUUCUUAUUUUAAUGUGAUUAUCUCUUUCACUCAAGUUUGUGUUUGUUAUUACCUGGUUAAUAGAUGAUUGAAUAAAAUGAAAAGGAGGUACUCGAGGUUCCUUGCAUUAGAGAUGGAACAGCAUCAGUUUUACAUUUUCAUGCCACUCUUUUUAAGUAUCAGAUAUUUUGGUUUUUCAUUUAUUGGAGAUGCAAUUCACUCAAAUGUUCAUAUAUUGAAUAUAUUUCUUUUUAUUUUGGGGCUAAUCCUCCCCGAUUAAAUGACUAUAAUUCAACAUUGACUAAUUUGAGAUCGCUUCAAAUAAUUCUUUCUAUGAGAAUUUUUUUUUUUUUUGGCAUGAAAGUGUUGUUCGAAAUGUUAAAUCUUUCUUGUAUUGAAUCGCAGAGUAGGACUUGCUAGAAGUCGGAACUUCUUUGAUAGUUAGUAUAUAGCGUGGAUGUUUAUGUGUUUAUUUAUUAAAUUAUUAUAUUAAUGGAUUGAGAUAGGGAAAAGGUAUUUAUCUGGUUAUGUGGAUCAUCAAAUGAAUUAUUUCUUUAGAGUUAUGUUAAACAUAUCAAAUUUGCCUCCCAGACAUUGACAACAACAAAAAAAUUAUAAUGAAUAUAAUAUAUAUUCUAGAGUAUACUAGUAAGUAAUAAUGUUAUUAAGUUUUUCAGAAAGAAUUGUUUGUACGUGGUUAGAAUGAGAAAUAUAGGGUCUGAUGUAAAGUCAUAUAACAGAGUACUGGUAAGUCGGCAAGUGAUCAAGUGCACCUAAUUUUUGUGCAAUGUCUGUGCAGUUUAGAGGUAGAAGUUGGCAUUACAUGUCUAGUAUGGCUAGCUCGAGGCUAGACUCUGGUAAAAGAAAUGGAAAUGGACGAUAACACUUUGGAAAUCAUAGACAGCAAAGUCUGUCAGUUUGAUGGUUUUUUUUUUGGACAGUCAUUGUUUCUUCUAAUUCCGCGGACAUAGUCUGAGUGUAGCAUCAGCGACAUAUAAAGAACUUUGAUCUGAAAAAAGUUGAUGCUUUUGGUCUCAUCACACUUUACAGCUAUUUCAUGUUAUUGCAUUCAUGUGCUCAUUAUUUAUUUUAGGGGGUGCAUUAUUGUUACACCGCAAUAAGUGCAACAAAAUGUCCACUUUGUGAAAUAUUCCAUGUUUACAAUAAUAUAGGAUUGUUGGCUUACAUUCAUCAAUUUGGUAUGUUUUGUAAAAAUUUCUAUUUGAUAUUCAUGAAUUGAAUGAUGAAACAGAUAGGUUAGUAUUAAACCAGUACUUAAUGCCUUGUGUAUAUAUACCAUGGUGUUUAUUGGUACAGGGUGUAUCAUAAAACAACAAGAAAGCAUGAAAUCCAUCUAAUUUUCAACAAGGUUUUUAUAUGAAUGAUUAUCAUUGUGCAUGGAUUGACCCCACUCCCAUUCCCAGCCAAUUUUAUUUUUUAUCCUACAUGUGAUUCAGCAUGUAAUGUAAUGUCCACAUUUUAUCCCUAUACAUAAAAGUAUGAAAAUUUGAUAUUUCAGUACCGGUAAUCAUCUUAUAAAUCUUCUCAACCACAAAUAAGUUGGUCAUUAGCAAGCAAUGUUUCAUACAACACACAUCAUCCAGAUGCCAAGUGACAAGGUUAGCUCUUUCAUGUACUUCCAUCAAACAAAUAGAGCCACAAUUUGUAAUUAUAUAGAUUUAAUGUGACCACAUGAUUUGUAGAUUUAAUGAUUUUUUUUACCUGAUUGCUAAGACAGCAUGAGUACCGGUACUUGUAAACAAGCAACCAGAGGAUAUAAAGAUUAAAGUCCUCUCCGAGGGACCUGGUAAUGAUGAUAAAUGCCUUAUGAAAUGGCAUGAGGACACCAAGUGAGAAUCCCAAGAAUCUUAAGUAUUUUCAUAUGGAAAUUGGAAACGCUGCACCCACCCAGCAUAUGAUAAAUAUUGUCCUGUACUGUUGAACAUAGAAUUUGUGGUAGGGGGAAUGGAUUCAGGUUUUGUUGUUGUUGUCCUGACCUUUUUUUUCAAGACCUUUAUGCAAUAGGUAUACCCUCAUGAGAACUAUUAGCUUCAUUAUCAAAUUAAACAAGAGUACAAUGUAGUUGAUCAUAUUGUAUGGAACUGUAACAUCAAUUUAAUUUGUAAAUAAACACUUAGGUAUACACAUGCAAGUUUAUUUUUAAAAUGUAUGUAUACAGUGUUAUGUCUUGGUUACUGGUUGAAAUGGAGAGUUGUGCACAUUCUUUAUAUGAAAAAAGAAGUUAAUUGUACACAUGAUUGGUUUUACUGGCAAAGAAAAUUCAAAAUUAAAAUGAAAUUUCUUUAUGACAAUUACAUAUUUCUAAACCCCCCCCCCCCCCCCAAAGACAAUAUUUAGACAAUGUAGAGUCUUGAUCAUUGUUUUGGAACAAGGAGGCUUAAAUGGGAUAUUCAUUGUAUCAAAACAUUUCUCUUUAUUUUUGUUGGGGUAUUUCAGUAGGUACAUGUAUAAGCAGAUUCCAUAAGGGGAUUUUUUGCCCAAUGUGACAUGCAGCAAAUGUGAUUUAAAAAAGACUCAUCCAUUCCGAGUUGAAAGUUAAUCAGUAAUAUCUAAACAAUUUCAUGAUGGUCUGUCAAUAUGGAUAUUUUCAUGUCCAAAUUUUUGUUGUGCUAUCUUCAGGCUUGCAGUUAAAUUUGUUGUUUCAAUCAUCGUUAAAAUCAAGCUUCCAUAAGCUCACAGUCAAAGUGGCAUUAUUCCAUUCUGAAAAAUAAUUGAAUUGAAAGAUUAAAGUCUUUAAACGAUUUCUUCUGUGCUUUGUCUGACAUUGAAUUUAUAGUGAUUUUUUUUCUCCAACUGAAAAAGGUCAUACAUUUAUAGGUGCAAUCAAUAUAAGAAAAGUAUUAUUAUUGUUUUCUUUCUUUAGCACACAUUUGUAUAAGCCUCAUGGCAAAGUAGAUUUAUGCUUUUUUAAAUGAAUAUGUUGAUUUUGAAAUCUAAUCAAUUUUGUUCAUCACUCUGUCUAUUGUACUUAUGUUUGAAAAUGUAAAUUAUGUGGAUUACUUCUUAACAAGAUAAUGAACAUACAUGGGAGAUUAUGCAUUAUUUAUCAAUGUUUCUCAAAGUAAUUGUGUUAAUUUUCAGUCUUUUGAUGAAAGCUCUUUCUAAGAUAUAUAUGACAAUUUAAUUUGAGAAUAUCAUAUUUCAAAUUUUUGUAUUUUCCCUUUUAUAUUUCUAAUUUCUAUGAUUAGAUCCUCAAAUCCUGUUCCGCAUAUAUACAUGUAUUACAAUGGUUUAAGCGCACUGCACAAACAUAUAUCGGAUGUUAACGUCUACAACUAUGUAUGCAUAUAUGUGUACUGGAGUUUAAAGCUUCUACAUAUGUAUAUAUAUUAAUAUAUGCCAACAUAUUUCUAUGUAUAGUAUGUCUCUCCCAUAGUUAAACUCAUCAGAUUUAAUCAGCAUCACAAGAACUUGCAUCCUCUGGCUCAGAUUUUAUAUUAAAAAGGAAGACCAAAUUAAGCUUAAUUAAUUUCCAGUUUAUAGUAGUGUCAACACAAUUUUCAGCAAUUCUAUAACAGUACACACAAAAAAGAGAAAGCUAUAUCACUGUCU